AAGUUUUGCCCCCUAAAAUCAGGAUUUGCUGACUCAGCAUAACGGCUCUUAUUUUGAUUCAAUAUAUUUUUGAAGUUUGAAAAGUUUUAUGCACUCAAUUUUUUGCAGGCAUAUUUGCCAUUAUUUGAAUUUUAACAUAUUAAAAAACUGGGAUGGUACUCUGCUCUGUUUUCCAUUUAUUCAUCACCAACUUUUGUAAAAAAUCUGUUCAUAAUCGAGGCAAUUAUGACUUUGAAUCGUGUAGUAAGAUGUUUGAUGUUUUCUAUUGUGACAUUAAAAUAGGUUCAGAAAAUUUAUUCAGUGAACCUGUUUCACAAUCUUACUUCACACUUCACAAUCCAAUAAUGAAUAACACACCAGGGAACAAAAGCACCUUUGUUUAGAAUUUCACAUUAAGCAUGAAGUGUGAAGUUUAUUAUAUAGGCAAUCAAUAACACAUCUUCAUAGUCAUAAUAGAUUUCUUUAAGAUGAUGUCACAGGAAAUCAUUGGAGGCAAUGUGAUUUGGUUGCAAUACUGUAUGGCUUAGAUGUUAUGAUUGAUUUCAUUGAGAUUCAAUAGCCAACAUCAGUUUCCUAUAAACUUAGUGUCAUAAGCAGGAAAUACAAUUUCUAUUGUGAAGGAUAUCCCAUUCAUUUGGAGCUAUAAAUUGAACUUACUGGUAUUUGAAUCUUUAAAAUCCUAAAUGGUCAGCAUUAGAACAGCUUCUCAAAUGUGAAAGAUGACUGAAAAUUGUUCAAUAGGGAAAAUAAGUUUCAGUGAUUGCAAUUUGCUUACAUAUAGCAAAAAAGUUGGAUUGAAGGACAUAAGCUUAUUUGAUCUUCAAGAAAGAGAAAUACUGGCAUGGAGGACUGAAAUUGAUAUAACUCUAAUUGAAACAGUGUGCCUACACCAUGAACAGGUUUUUCUUCUGAGAUACUCAUUUCUUCAAAAGAAAUGCUGUGAUCCAUUCAAAGUUCAUGGGAAAAAAGGAAGUAAAAGCUCUUUGCGGGAAAUCACUUUUCAAAUGGCCAAAGUAUUUCAAGACAACCAUAUUCCCGUGGUACCUGGACAAAAGCUUUGUCCGAAAUGCCGUAUUAAAUUUAGUGACCUUCAUGACAAUGAUUUAAGUGGAGAAGUACACGAUGACACUAGCAGUGAUGAAAUUCAUGAUAAUGAUGAUUCAUUCCAAAAAGAGUAUCUCAGCACAUCACUGGAGGAAAUGGAUGUUAGUCCUGUAAAAUUACAUGCAGUCGCAUCUCAUUCAAGGGAGUCUUACGGAAAGAGAAAAUUCCAACAAAUAAAGGAAAAACUCAAAGAGAAAGAAGCAAGCCUCCAAGAAACAGUGGCAAGUGUAAUCAGUGUUCCAAGAGAGUCUCUGAUUGUAGAAGAACAAGCACACAACAAUUUGCCUGAACUUUUGCAAAAGGAAAGAGAUUUAGAUGAACUCAUGUUUCUUAUGAAAGAAAAAUUACAAGCCUGUAACAGGAAAAAAAAAAUUCAAAUUUUGACAAUGGUACCAUCCUCUUGGUCAGUUGUUAAGACUCAAGAAUUCUUUAAUGUCAGCAAUUACAUGGUGAGAUCAGCAAGAAAGCUUCGAAAAGAAAAGGGGUUGUUUGAGUUACCUGAAGGGAAAAGAGGAAGGAAGCUACCUAAAGAAACAGAGGAGCUGGUGAAAAGUUUCUACUGUGAUGACCAAUACAGCCGCAUGAUGCCAGGGAGAAAGGAUUGUGUCAGCAUUAGCAGAAAUGUUCAUGCUCAGAAGAGACUGCUGUUGUGUGACCUCAAAGAACUUUAUGCAGCUUUUAAGAAAAGUCACGACUGCUGCAAAAUUGGUUUUUCAAAGUUUUGCUCACUCCGCCCAAAAUGGUGUAUUCUAGUGGGGUCUCCAGGUACGCAUUCUGUUUGUGUGUGUACUAUACACCAGAAUGUCAAUCUAAUGCUGAAUGCGGUUGACCUGGAUAAGUCGUAUCAUGAACUACUGGAUAUGCUUGUUUGUGAUAGGAACAGCAAGGAAUGCAUGAUACACAGAUGUCCUGACUGUCCAGAUCCAUCAAAACUGGUUGAAUAUCUAACUGAGCAAAUCAUUGGAUAUGAUGAAGAAGAUGAUGCUGAGGGUGACAUUAUUGAUGAUAACAGUGAGCAAAUAAGCUUUCAACAGUGGGUUUCGACAGACAGGUCAGAGCUUAUCACUCAGACUCUGAGUCAAAAGGAGUUCAUACAAACGCUUGAAGGGAAGUUGAGCACCCUGACAGCCCAUUCUUUCAUUUCAAAGGAACAGGCACGGCAUCUGAAAGACUGCAAAGAAAAUCUCAAGGACAAUGAAUGCAUAAUUUUACUUGACUUUGCUGAAAACUUUAAGUUUGUGAUUCAAGAUGAGGUACAAAGCUAUCAUUGGACUCAGGAAUCUUGCACCCUUCAUCCAGCUGUUCUUUAUCACAGAACACAAGGAAAGCUUGUUGAAGAAUGCCUUUGCAUAAUAUCUGAUGACUUGAAACAUGACACAAGUUUUGUUCAUGAAGUAAUGGAUGUUAUUAUUAAUUUCAUAAAGAUGAACAUAAAUGGUUCUAUAAACAAUGUACAGUAUUUCAGUGAUGGUUGUGCUGGACAAUACAAAAACUUCAAGAAUUUUUUUAAUAUUUGCCUGCACGAGAAAGAUUUUGGUGUGAAAUGUUCUUGGAACUUUUUUGCCACUAGCCAUGGCAAAUCACCCUGUGAUGGUGUAGGAGGGACAAUUAAGCGCUUGGUGACUAAUGCAAGUCUACAAAGACCAGUCAAUCAACAAAUUUUGACAGCAAAGGAUGUUUUUUAUUUCUGUCAAGAAAAAAUAAGUGGGAUCAAGGUCUUCUUUCUUGAAAAAGACCCAACAGAUUUGAAACGUAUUUCUUUAGAGAGAAGAUAUGAGCAGGUAGCUGGAAGCCUUCCUGGAACACGUAUUUACCAUUACUACGAGCCACUGUCAAAGAGUGUAAUUGCAGCAAAACGAGUUUCCAGUGAUCACGAGUAUGAAAUAAAGUAUGACUUGAUUUUAGGAGCUACAGUAUCAAAGCACAAAGGAAAAGAAAAUGUUAAAGCUUCUGACUUUCUCGUCAGUUACUACGAUGAUCAUGUGUGGAUUGGUAUAGCAUGCUACAUUGAUGAAGAAAAUGGUGAUAUUGAAGUAAAGUUUAUGCACCCAGCCUUUCCAUCAAAAUCAUUUCAUUGGCCUAGACGAGAAGAUAAAUGCUUUGUACCAGUAACACACAUUGUAUGUGUUAUUAAGGCCCCUACAACUUCAUCUGGACGCCAAUACUAUUUUACAGAUAAUGAGCAUCUUUUGAUCCAAGCAGAAAUAAAUAAAUAUGAAACAUUAAAACAUUUGUAGCAUUGUAAUAUAUUAUUUUAACUAAUAUCUUGAGCUAAAAUUUAGUAAUUCUGGUUGACAAAUAAUUUUGAUUCAUAUAUGAGCUUAUUAACACCUGUACUUGCAGCUCUCUGUUUGCAAAGCUUGACAAUCUUGACAACUCAUUUGUGGUAAGAUUGUGAAACAAGUUCACUGAAUAAAUUUUCUGAACCUAUUUUAAUGUCACAAUAGAAAACAUCAAACAUCUUACUACACGAUUCAAAGUCAUAAUUGCCUCGAUUAUGAACAGAUUUUUUACAAAAGUUGGUGAUGAAUAAAUGGAAAACAGAGCAGAGUACCAUCCCAGUUUUUUAAUAUGAUAAAAUUCAAAUAAUGGCAAAUAUGCCUGCAAAAAUUUGAGUGCAUAAAACUUUUCAAACUUCAAAAAUAUAUUGAAUCAAAAUAAGAGCCGUUAUGCUGAGUCAGCAAAUCCUGAUUUUAGGGGGCAAAACUUUACGGCCCUCAAGGGGCAUAAGGGAAUUAUUUUAGAGAAUAGCAUUGAUAUUUCUGAGAUAACCAAUUACCCUUUAAUGUAUGUGCAAAGUUGUAUUUGGAUUGAUAAAUCAAUGAAUUAUCCAUAAAGAAAUUAAUUCUAAGUGUUCGGCAGACAAUAAAUUCAAAAUGGCCGCCAUGGCAAAUUUGGCAGAAAAAUUGAUGAAUUUUAAAUUUGAAUAUCUCAGCAACCAAUUGGAAUUUUGAGCUGAACUUUUGGAUUUCUUCAUAAAUUUAGUACAUCAAAACACUAUAAAAAUUUGAAGCAAUUCUGAGAUGAUGGGUGUCAUGGCUUGUUGAAUUGGCAUGGAAUGACUCUAUUUGAAAAACCAUCCAUUUUCAAAAGCCAUUGAAAACAAAGUCAUUCAAGAACAAAAUCAUUGUAAAACAAAUUGUUUUAACAAGAAAUG